ACCCGUAGGAAGAGGCGGGGAGCGGGCGGCGGCAGUUGUCGCCGUGACGAGGCUGAGCUGCCGGCGGGAACGGGACGGGCCCUGCAGCGGCUUGCUCAGGCCGUGGGUCGUCGCUGCAGCCAACGGGAAAAAGGGAAAGGACUCUGCGGGCGUACUUGGCAGAGCAGGGAGGAGGAAAGGGGUUCUAGAGACACCCGGCGUCUCUCUUCUCGAAUUUCUGUCGGCCCUUGUCUGUUGAUUCGUAGCUCGAAAUGCAUGGUCAUGGAGGCUAUGACUCUGAUUUUAGUGAUGAUGAACAUGGUGGAGAAUCUAACAAAAGGAAAAAAAGGACAAUUGAAGAUGAUAUAUUGCUCAAAAAGCCAUUUCAGAAAGAAAAACAUGGAAAAGUGGCCCAUAAACAAGUUGCAGCAGAAUUGCUGGAUAGGGAAGAAGCAAGAAAUAGAAGGUUUCACCUCAUAGCCAUGGAUGCUACUGUGGCUCGUUACACUAACUGCUACUACUGGCCAUCCAUAUUACUGUUGGGAAUAUUGGAGAAUGGAAGAGAAGCCAAGCAAGACCUGAAGUGUUUCUGGGUAUUUAUUACUACAGUCAGGAUUAAGAGAAGGAGACAAUGGGAAAAUGACAAGACAGACAUGGAUGUUAUACGAGAAAAUCAUAGAUUCCUAUGGAAUGAGGAGGAUGAAAUGGACAUGAAUUGGGAGAAGAAACUUGCAAAGAAAUACUAUGAUAAAUUAUUCAAGGAAUACUGCAUAGCAGAUCUCAGUAGAUACAAAGAAAAUAAGUUUGGAUUUAGGUGGCGAAUAGAAAAAGAAGUAAUUUCAGGAAAAGGCCAGUUUUUCUGUGGAAAUAAAUGUUGUGAUAAAAGAGAAGACUUGAAGAGUUGGGAAGUUAACUUUGGUUAUGUUGAGCAUGGUGAGAAGAGAAAUGCACUUGUUAAAUUAAGGUUAUGCCAAGAAUGUUCCUUUAAAUUAAAUUUUCAUCACAGGAGAAAAGAAGUCAAGUCAAAAAAAAGAAAGGAUAAAACCAAAAAAGAUUAUGAAGAGUCAUCACAUAAAAAAUCCAGAUUAUCUUCUGCAGAAGAGACCUCUAAGAAAAAGGAAAAAGGGCAUUCAUCCUCAAAGAAGUCAGAAAAGUCUGUAAACAGAAAUUCUGAUGAAGAAGAAGGUACUUCAGAAUCUGAACUUUGGAAGGGCCCCCUACCAGAAACAGAUGAAAAAUCACAAGAAGAAGAAUUUGAUGACUAUUUUCAAGAUUUAUUUCUGUGAGAUGGAAGAGAGAAGCCCACAUUCCUUAAUGUGAAAGUACACUUUGAAACUCUUCACAAAAAUUUUAUCUACAAGUUGCAGCUUGAGUGGUUUAUCUUCAGAAAUAAAAAUCCAACUACUCUCAAGA